AUGGAUAGUAAAUAUUAUUCGCCAUUAAGAAACACGUUUGGUUUACGUCCAUAUGAUUUUUCUUAUAGUUCAGGUAAAGAAUUUAAAAAGGCUCAUAUUAAAGUAAAUCACAAACUAAUUAAAUUAAGACAUUAUUGUAAUGUUAUUUGUAAAGAUACUCACAAUUAUACCUCCAAAUUGAAUAAAUUGGCUGAAGAGGAUCACUAUGCAAAAAAUAAGAAAUUAAUUGGCGCUUUAUUUUUACAGUUGGCUGAAAGGGAUUUGAUAUAUGUGGAAAGUUUAAGAUUAAGAAAUAAAGUUAGUAAUAAAAAUAAACAAGUGCCCACCAGAUUAAAGAAAGCUUCUAAGUAUACUAGCAAAAUGAUAGAAAUUACUAGUAGUGAAAAAAAUUGGAAAACCAGAUUAGAAUAUUUAAUCUAUGAUAGAUUAGCCAGAAUUGAGUAUUAUUUAAGCAGAAAAAAUAAUUCCAAAUUUCAAUCAACCUUAACAGUUGAAUUUAAUAAAGUUCUAGCUGCUCUAGAACUAUUAUCAAGUGUCAAUGCAGACAUGGAUGGUAAUUAUUCUUCGAUUGUUGAAAAAAUUAAGCUUAAGUACAAAUUCAUUUCUACCAACGGUGUUACUAUCAACUUACAAGAUAAUAAGAACGAGGAUGAGAUAAUUAAAAUUUUGUUGGAACAAGGUUAUGUUCCAUCCAAAGAGGGACCUGAAAAGAAUGGUAACAUUGAUUUGUUAAAGGAGGUUACUUGGAGAUCAUACACUGCGAGCAUACAUAAUAAAAAUGUUGCCAAAUAUAUUACGGAAGCAAUGCAAUUACAAGAAACAAAUGACAAAAGGGACCAUAACACUACUAAGGAUAGCAAAAACUCUUCAUCAUUAGGCAUUUCUUCUAUCGACGAAAUUUUGCUCUAUUAUAACAUGGCAGAAGAGGAGUUAAAUAAAUCGAUGGAUCCCGAAGAUAAUUCUGACCAAAUUUUAUCAACUUUUAUUAGAUAUAAUAGAUUAUUUGUUUUGAUUAAAAGAGAUGCGAGAAUGUUUGAUAAAUUAAUCACACAGUGGAAUUCCAAGAUCAAGUUUAUUAUUAGAAAGCACAGCACUGAAAAGUAUUUACAACAUAAAUACGGUGAAAUUGAACGUAUUUCGAAAGGUUUAACUUCUUAUCUCUCACAAGUUUUAGCUUUGCCAGGUGUUUAUUCUGAUGAUGAAUUAACAUCAGCGUUAAAUUUGGCUAUUGCCUAUUAUGAAUCCAGCAUUGAAUCCUACUGUUUGGCAACAUUGUAUAAAAUCAAAGGUAAACAUCUAGAAUCUAUGGCUUUAUUUACAGAUGCUUUGGAAAAAAUAAAAGAUAGCAAUAACAACAAUAACAUUGAAAUACCAUGCGGAAUUAUUUCUAACGAAAAUGUACAAGACUUGAUCAACUUUACAGAACAGGGUUGUGAAAGUGUCAAGAAUUUGGCACUUUAUGCUGAAAAACUACAAAGAAAAGCUGGUAAUAUCAAAUUUGAAGGUACUGUUGCGGAAAAUAUUCACAUUGUUGACCCAAGCAUCACUAAAUUACACAACCUAUUUCCAUUGAAACCAAUUGUCAAACCUGUUAUGGCUAAACCAACUUUAUAUGAUCUAGCAUUUAAUUAUAUAGGAUUAGACAAUGUUCCAACUAAAACGCAACAUCAAGAAAAAGAAAAGAUAUCAAAUGACAGUAAAAAUGUCAAUAAUGAAAAUAAAAAGAAAAGUUUCUUUGGUUUAUUUCGUGGUUAG